UGUGCAUUGGGAAGCAUUGACGUAACUUUUUUAUUCCUCAGUCUCUUCGGGUAAUCAGGGAAGAAUCUUAACUAAAUUGGCACUCUUCAUGUAUCAAUUUGCCCUUGUUAUUGAUGGGUAAUGUCUAUUGUUGUUAAUUGUUGUGAAUCUUUAAGUUAACUCUGCAUGCAAUGGCUAUGAUUCUUCGAUUUCGCAAAUUAUGCUAUCUAGAACCUGUGAAGUGUUCUUCUUUGGGUUUUGAAUCAUAUGAAACCCCAAAAAUUGAUGAGAAACAAUCAUUUGAAAGCCCAAAAUCUGAUAGAAACGAUGAGGGUGCGGAUUCCACUGUUGAGAAAGUGUUAGACAAGUCAAAAAGGAGACAGAACAAGAGGCAGCCUAAGGAAUGGAGGUGUAUAGAUUACUGUUGUUUGACCAUUGGGUAUAUGUGCACUACUUGGUGGCUUCUAUUGUUUAUGUACCAUUGUUUGCCUGCCAAUUUGCCUGGACUUAAAGUGCCAGAAUCACCUGGGGCCAGGCUUAGCCGUGAAGGAUUGACUGCUCUCCAUCCGGUUGUUUUGGUGCCUGGCAUUGUCACUGGGGGCCUUGAGCUCUGGGAAGGCAGGCCCUGUGCUGAGGGUCUGUUUCGCAAGCGGCUUUGGGGCGGUAGCUUUACUGAAAUUUUCAAGAGGCCUUUGUGUUGGUUAGAGCACCUGUCUUUGAACAAUGAGACGGGGCUCGACCCUCCUGGCAUACGAGUCCGUGCAGUUCCUGGACUGGUUGCUGCUGACUAUUUUGCUCCUGGUUAUUUUGUUUGGGCUGUUCUGAUUGAGAAUUUGGCGCGAAUCGGCUAUGAGGGAAAGAAUAUGUAUAUGGCUGCUUAUGAUUGGAGGCUCUCUUUCCAGAAUACAGAGGUGUAACAGUUCUUCCUCAGCUACUCUUAUAAUCAAUUUAACAUUUUAC